CGGUAACCCCUAACAUUAGAUGUUGCGCGAGGCGAUGUAGAACCACGAGUGUAAGUGUUUGAAUGGGUUAUUAUACCUCGUGUAAACGCAUUUUUUCCAAAGUGUCAAUUCGCGAAUAAAAAUGCAUUCGAUUCUUCAGACAAAGCUGAAAUAUUCGACAUGUACCAAUUGCAAGCACACCUUCUCAUUUCGAGGAUCGCAUCAGUUUCGCGGAAAGACUCCGCUGCUGCUACAAUGUGGACACGUUAUAUGCGAGAUAUGUGUCAAGACCUGUAAGACAAAGAUGUGUGGAGUUUGUGGCACAAUUUUUCAAUCGAAUCUCAACGAGCAAGCCAAUCUUUCACCUAACUUGUAUACCUUAGGAUUAAUCACUGCGAGUCAAUCCACAGGCUUGACUUGCGCGGAGCCGAAUGUUACUUUUCAGCAAUCGGCAGCGGCUCGACACAAAAAAUGUUUGAAUGAAAAUAUAGAGCACUGUUCAGAAUGCGGUCUCAAGGCAGAUUUUCGAUGUCGGCAGUGCAACGUUUUUUUCUGCAACUCGUGCUACACAAAGAUUCAUGGCAGAGCUCUGCAGAGUCAUCAGAAAGUAUCCUUGAUGGAAGACAGUCACGACUUCUGGAAAUUACUAUCAAAUCAAUGUGACGUCCAUCCCAACGAAACCGUCCAAUUCCAUUGUGAAAAAUGUGACGUAUCAGCCUGCACACACUGCCUGCUCCACUCACAUCGAGAUCACAAUAUAGUUACUCAGUUGGAGAAGAACCAGGAGUUGAAACCGCAGCUUGAAGAUGCAGUCGAGAAAUUGAAUGAGAUGUUGCUGCGGGUGAGACAGACUGAAAAGAAAUUGUCGAAACCUCUCGCCGUCCUAGACACAUCAUACGGCAGUGAUACGGAUAGAGAAAAAGUCGAAGCCGCACUUAUCCAACAUUUUACUUACCUUCACGGCGUUCUGCAAAAUAUUGAAAACCGUAUCAUCAACCAGCUACAGGAACAGCAGAAUUCUGUUGGAAAUAAUAUUGCCUCUAUAAAGGAACGACUAAAAGAACAGAAAAAUGAAAUCGAAAACGGAAUAAAUGCAGGAACCGUAGCAUUACAAGAAAGUGAUUCUGCGGUAAAUAUGACGGCAAUUAUCGAUAAACUAGAGCAGAUUUUAAACCUGCCUUGUCAUCUUGUUCAUAAAUCUGUUUCCGACGAGAAAUUUGCACUGAAUAUCGACGAAACGAUAACUGAGGCUCUCGAGGAACAUUGCUUUGUUGAUAUCCCACCUAUUCCGAGUUAUUGUUUAGUGAAGACUGAAGAAUUGCCAGAAGACUACGAAAUAGAGCCAAUUAAUCGCGAGGAAAUCAUGUUACCAAAAAAGCCUGUGAUACCUACUAUGAAAAUGGCUCCCUUAAGUUUGAAUAAAAGCUUAACGGCCGUCAGUACUUCUUCACUACUUGCAUCUGAUCAAAACAUAAACAACGGUCUUAUGGAAGGCAUCAGUGAGAAUGUUACAAUUCCAUACAUCAAGGAUCCAUCGUAUUUUUAUACUCAACCAUUAUCCCGCAGCUCAGAAUUGGUUCAACUACACAAAGCAUUCGCAAAACAAGCAGCUACUUCGGCCGUACCUACAGAGUUAGAAUUGAAUAAACUGUACCUGGUUCAGUACGGAAAUGACAUGAAAUGGUAUCGGGGACGUAUAAUAAAGCAGUAUGUGGAUAAAAAAGAUUGUCAAGUCGGUGACGUCUUUUACAUAGACUACGGGAAUACCGAAAUUUCAGUCCCUCUCUCUAGAAUGAGAAAUAUGACGUUACAAAGUUCUCUUGUACCUGUUAUGGCCAGACUGUGCACUCUGUACGACAUUGUCCCGAAAGAUGGUCAGUGGUCAAUUGAUGCUAACAAAGCUAUGUACGAAAUGGUCGGCGGUAAAUCGCAUACAGUCAUGCACGUGUAUAAAGUGUCAAACGGUAUUUGUCAUGUCGAUAUUACAAAAAUAUCGGCAGGUGAUGGGGAUCGUCCUGUUUCGAUUCGGGAUGCUCUUAUCUUUCUGGAAUAUGGCUGUUUCAUAACAAACGAAAGAUUGAAGAGAACCAAUCCCGAAUCAUUGAGGAAAUUCUUUGAAGAAGAAAUAUCGAUUGAAAAUUCCUAUGACGUUAAUGCGACUUAUGUAGAGUCACCAGACUGUAUAUACGUACAAAAGAUCGGUGAUGGUCAGAUUCAUUUGACAAAACUGACAAACGACAUGAUGAUCGAAUAUGGAAAGGUCGGAAUGAAUAAAGGAAUAAUUUAUACACCACAAAUAGGUAUGCCUUGUGCUGUGAAGUCCGAUGAUGGCAUGUGGUAUCGAGGAAGAGUCACUAACUUACUUGGAAAUCGGCAAGUGGAAGUCUUCCUUGUUGAUUUUGGAUAUAAACAUGAAUAUGAGUAUGACCAAAUCAGAAGGCUCCACAAUCAAUUUAUGUCUCUCACUGCUUUGGCAUUUAAAAUAUCACUGAAGGAUGUCAUACCUGUGAAAAACAGCGAAACAAUCUUGGCCACACGGGGAUUUAUGACCGCAGCCUUGGAAUCUCGAAUGUUAAAAAUAUUUGUCUUCUCAAAGGAAAGUGAUUGCUAUAAAGUUACUCUUUACAUCCCAGGGGAGGAUAAAGAUAUCAACUUCAACGCUAUGUUAGCUAAAGGAGGAUACGCCAUCAGCACUGGGUCAAGCUCACAGUUUCUGAAUAUGCCAAAAGCUGUAACCAAAAAGCGAAAGAAAAAAGGUAAUAAGGCUAAGAAAUGCAGCAAAGUUUCUGACAAUGUUGACAAUGACUAUUUGGCAAAUGAUCUGGACGAAUCAGAUGAUCCAUUCAGAAUGCAUGUAAACGUAUUACAUGUAGUAUCUCCGGAUUGCAUUUAUGUUGGUGACGUGAGCUGUACAAAAGUUAUAAAAAACAUGACUGAACAAUUGCAACAGUUUUACAAUGCAUAUAAAUCUGGAGAAAGCGAAGAAUGGAAGCAAAACGACGUUUGUGUAGCUUAUUCUGCUAAGGACAAAUUUUAUCAUCGUGCAAAAAUCAUCGAAAUUGUUUCACCAACAAAAGUCGUAGUGUUCUUAUAUGAUAUCGGCAUCACAGAAACAGUGGGGAUGCAAGAUUUGCAAACCUUACGCCCGGACUAUGCAAAUAUACCAGCACGGGUAUUUAAAGUUAAAUUGGCUGGAAUUCUUCCCUGUGGUGGAUCGGCAACAUGGCUUUCUUCGUCUUGCCAAGCGCUGACCGAUAUCAUACACGAAAAUCAGCAUUCGCGAUUUUAUAUAUCCAAAGUGGCAGGCAUAGAAAAUGAUGCUAUAUGCGUUGUGCUUUGGGUUCGAGAAACCAGACUGGAAGGGGCAUUGGCACCAACUAUUGUUGAAAUCAAUUCAGUCAAUCAAAUGCUGAUUAAGAAAGGUGUUGCUCUGCCAAUCAGAGGAUACAAAGAUGAAGCUGACAAAAUUUUGGCUGUUGACUUGAGACAGCAGUUGCAACAAAAUGAUGAAAAACAACUUUUCACAGAUGUUGAAUGGGUGGCAAAAAACAAAAUGCACAGUUCUCAUUCAGAUGUGAUGAGUGACGCAUCAGUAGCCCCUUACUCAAUCAAUAUGUCAGAGUCUGAUACUGCAAGCAGAGAAGAAAAUGAUGAAUCUGAAGAUGAAUCCCCAAUACCUCCUCCCCUUUCAGCCUGGAUACCAGCAGUUCCGAUUACAGAUGAUAAAUUCUGUGCAUUUCCCACUUAUGUGGAUUCCAACGCCACCAUAUAUCUACACUCACCGAAGCAAAAUAGCGAUACAUUGGUACAUAUCGAUGCUGCGCUACAAGCCCACUUCACAGGUUCAAAACCACAGGCAUGCGACAUGUUUUGGGCACCAAAUGACCUUUGUAUUGCUCAAUAUCAUGCUGACAAUAAGUGGUACAGAGCUCGAGUUCUCGAACUCUUAGAGAAUGAAGAAGUCAAGGUAGUCUUUGUAGAUUAUGGAAAUGUAGAUGAGUGCAAACUUGGUACUUUGAGAAAACGGGUUGUCAUGGGACACAUUCCAAUUCAAGCAACAAAAUGUGUGGUACACGGACUAAUCCCAGAUACACCAGACGAUAAAUGGAGCCUAUCAAGUUUAGAUACAAUCCACGCACUUGUAGUCGACAAACAGGCGGACGUUACGAUUUUGGAAAGAAAACCGGAACACCUUGUUAUAUCAAUAAACCUUAGAGAAUUCGGAGGUGUGGAUUUAGUUACUUACUUACGAAACACUCUGAAUUUCCGUCUCCGUGAAUUGGACCUAGAUUCUCAUCACGAGAGUUCGGAUGAUGCGGAUGUCAUUGUUGAAGGAAGCAUUGAAGGCUACGAUCUCAGGAGUACUUCAGAGCCGAUGUUUCGACUGUCUACGAGUCUUGAAUCCAAAUCUCCAGAAACAAAAAUUGAGAAUUUCGAUAAAAAAAUUUCACGUUCGCUUGAUAUCUCUGGAAUACAGGAACAUACUACCACGGAUGACUUUGAAAAAUCAAUUACCAUAUCUUCUACUCCACAAAAUGAAGUCGAUGAUGGCGGUCGUGACGAAGAAUCUGAAGAUAAUAACGUUUGCCCUCAAAAUUAUCAUAUGUUCAAAAUUCCGAAUCAUGUAGAAAUGAUAAAUCUUGACCCAUGCCAUAUGAUAAGCGCCACUGAGUUCUGUGCAAACCUCGACCCUUCCUCAGAACUUGAGUUUCUAAGUAUGUGGCACCAAGAACUCAAACGUGUUGAAAAUGAUAUGCAAGAAGAAGCAUGUCAUCAACCAAUCCUCGAAGAAGUAAGAUCAGGUGCUCCAUGCUGCGCCAAGUACGGAAGUAAUGGUAUAUGGUACAGAGCUUCUAUAACUGAAAUAGAACCUGAUGCUGAACGCGUCAAAGUCAUGUACGUUGAUUACGGAGACGAGGAACAUCAAAACAUUGGAACAAUACAUUUGUUGAAGAAAGACUGGCUGGCCGUACCUGUAAUGACUUAUCGGUGUAAAUUAUGGAAAAUUCAGCAGGGUAAAAAUUCGGAAAUAUCUCUGCCGAUGAUGGUCCAGAAGCUUGAACAUAUAUUUUAUAGCGGAGUUGUAAAGGCUAAAAUCAAGAAUCGUUUUUCUGACAAAUUGGAUGUGGAGCUGUACUCUGAUGAUGAAUGCAAUACACUUCUCUACGGGAACCUUAUAGAAGACGGACUAUUUAAAAUACUGGAUGAGUAAAUCAGAAGUUCUGAUAGUACAAGCAAAUUCGUGAUUUUUUAAUUUUCUUUUCUAAGCAAUAGCAUAGUUUUAUUUCUAGACAUAAUGUCAAAUACACAUUGACUGAAUUUUUAGUUUAAUUC